GUUAAACAGCUGGAGCCCAUUCUCAUUUAAAAAGUAACUAUUAUAGGUGGUGGACAAAAAUACAAGAAAGUAACGCUUCUGCCAAAAGAGAAUCAACUCGUGUUUCAUACACAAAUUUUUUCUAACUCUUCUAUUGGUUUCACUCGUAGAUAGAUGCCUUCUUAGAUUUUCUCUGUUUACUCCUCCAAUCAGAAUAUAAUACAUGUCAUCUCGUGUUUAAGAUCAGAGGAUCGCUUUAUCUUGUGCCUUUGCUGAGAAUUUGUCUAGCUUUGCCAGGGCCUUAAUUACUUUAACUGAGCCCAAUCGAUCAAAUUAAGAUGAAAAAUGAAUACUGGGCCUUCAGAAAUAAGAAGAUCACAUAUUUUUCAAAUAAGAAUAUAUUUAGUCGAGAACAAACUUACUAAUAAUAAGUUAAUAACUAACUUAGGAUGGUCUUCUUUGUUAUAGCCAGUAACAAGUAACAGUGUUUGAAUAGCCCUUGACAAUAUAUUUAGUCGAGAACAAACUUACUAAUAAUAACUAACUUGGGAUGGUCUUCUUUGUUAUCGCCAGUAACAAGUAACAGUGUUUGAAUAGCCCUUUGACAAUAUACAACGUUACAAUGUAACUGUCAAAAAGAAUUAUCCGAAAAUAUAAUUAUUAUUUUUUGAACACUCCGAAAAUAGAAUAUAUAUAACAAAAAGAACUAAAGAAUAGUUAGUUUUCAUCAGCAGACAUCAACUAAAUGCAUGAUCUAUUCAGUAUAAAUAAGAGCAAUGUAGAUAAUUUAAUAAAAUAUAAACAAGCUUGAACACUAUUACAAAUCUAGAACGAAGUUUAAGAAUGGCCAAUAUGAAAGUUUUUUCGUUUGCAUUGCUCCUCGUCCUCGUCUUCGCCAUUGGUACGUCGUCUUUGUAUUAUAAUUAAGAAGCAGGUGCUUCGUUGUGUUGCAACACUCACCCGAAAUUUGGAAAGUGCAACCCGAGCCAUGACAAAGAGAGAUGCAACCGUUGGUGUCUCAGUGGAUGUGCCAAUGAAAAAGGCGGUUACUGCAAACCUAGCAACGGAGGACAAUGCCAUUGUUAUUGUUAAAGAGUCACAAAAGAUGGAAGAUAUGCAUAUGCGUUUAACUGUUACUAAUGUUUAUGUUGCGGUAUUGCAUACGUUUGUAUGAUUAUAUGAACAUGUGUUAUUUGAAUGAUGAAUGGAUAAAUAGCUAAAAAGCUUUUAAUUAUUUUAUGUUUACUCCAACCAAUUAAAAAAGAACACGCGUAAGAGUCAUAAGAGCACACUUUUGUUACAUUUCCCUUGAAAUAAUAAAAAAAAUUAUUUUCGACUUAUUUAUACUAGAGACACACAGCCAAUUAGAUAUAAAAUAAGAAUACUCAUUUCUAGUGUAUUUUACUCUUUUUUAAAAAAAUAGGGAAAAUUUGAAAUUAAAACAGAGUUUACUCUAAUAUAAAUUUUAAAAAAUAAUAUAUUUAAUAUAUAGAGUAAAAAUAUAAAUUAUUAUUUCCUUUCGAAAAUAUAGAGAAAAAAUUAAUUUAAGAGGAAAAUUAGAAAUGAAAUAUAUUUAAAAAAAAAAA